GAGAGGGAGGGAGAGGGAGUCUAGAGCCUUUCAUUUCAGUCUAAAACCCCUCCAAAACCCUAGCAUAGCUAUGGCGCAACGACUGCUCCGCCUCCGUCGAGCCCUAACCCCAUUCUCUUCUACUCGGCAACGCCCUCCUCUCUCCACUCCUAUCGCAAUCGCACCACCAGCCGCACAGACGCCCCCAAUCAUUUCUCAAUGGCGGGGAUUCUCGGGAACGAGAGUGUCAAUGAUGUCGACGACUGGUUUAGCAGAGAAACAGUACAAGGUAUACGAGGAUGGAGAAGAAAUCGUUAAGAACACAAUUCUGUUCGAAGGCAACGAAUACAUUCACUGGCUGGUGACUGUUGAUUUCCCAAAAGAACCCAAACCCUCUCCUGAAGAAAUGGUCGCUGCUUUUGAACGCAUCUGUGCCCAGGGACUCAACAUCAGUAUUGAGGAGGCGAAGAAGAGAAUGUAUGCUUGUAGCACAACUAUUUAUCAAGGGUUUCAGGUUUCAAUUACGCACCAAGAGGCCGAAAAGUUUAGAGGUGUUCCGGGGGCUGUUUUUGUAUCACCAGAUUCGCGAGUAAAAAAGGAAAAUGGAGGAGACAAGUAUAAAAAUGCAGUAAUCACUCCGAGACCACCCCCAGUUCAAUUUCAGAGAGGUGGAGAAAGGCGCCGUGAUCCAGGCAGAAUUCCACCUAGAUUUGACCAGCCUGAAAGUCCAAUUCCAAAUCAUCAAGGGCCGCAACCCCAGUAUAGUCAGCAAGGGCAUAUGCAAGGAGGUGGUAGUAACUACGGGUCUCAACAAAAUCGUCCACCACAGAAAAAUCAUGGUCCUCCAGGGCUAGGAGGAACAGUGCCGAUGAACAAUAGGGAUUAUGCCACUGGAGGAAGGAACACAUAUCCAGGACAGCAAGGAAAUCACGAUCCCCCAGGACAGCAAGGUUACAACCAAGGACAGCAGGGGAAUCAUUAUGACCCAGACCAAAGGAGCUUUCCACAAGGAGAUUGGAGGAGGGAUCAUGGAUCUCCUGGGCAAAGAGAUUAUAGGGGAGACAACUGGAAUUAUUCUCCCACCCAUGGUGGAAACUAUGGGCAAGGUGGAAAUACUAGCUAUGGACAACGUCACCCAGGUGAAGGUCAGAGGUCCGCACAAAUGGAGCUGAGGGGCAUGCAAGGAGAGCAAGGGAACUAUGCACCAAUGGGACAACCAGGGUGGUCAAACCAAUACAGUCAACAAGGGCACAUGCAAGGAGGUGGUAGUUGCUACGGGUCUCCACAAAAUGGUCCAUCACAGCAAGAUCAUGGUCCUCCAGUGCUAGGAGGAAGGAUGCCAAUGAACAAUAGGGAUUAUGCCCCUGGAGGAAGGAACAUGUAUCCAGGACAGCAAGGUUACUUCCAAGGACAGCAGGGAAAUCAUUACCCCCCAGGACAGCAAGGUUACAACCAAGGACAGCAUGGAAAUCGUUAUUCCCCAGGUCAGCAAGGUUACAACCAAGAACAGCAGGGAAAUCAUUACCCCCCAGGACAGCAAGGUUACAACCCAGGACAGCAUGGAAAUCGUUAUCCCCCAGGUCAGCAAGGUUACAACCAAGGACAGCAGGGAAAUCUUUACCCCCCGGGACAUCAAGGUUACUUCCAAGAACAGCAGGGAAAUCAUUACCCCCCAGGACAGCAAGGUUACUUCCAAGAACAGCAGGGAAAUCGAUACCCCCCAGGACAGCAAGGUUACAACCAAGGACAGCAGGGAAGUCAUUACCGCCCAGGACAGCAAGGUUACAACCAAGGACAGCAGGGAAAUCAUUAUGCCCCAGACCAAAGGAGCUUUCCACAAGGAGAUUGGAGGGAUCAUGGACCUCCUGGGCAAAGAGAUUAUAAGGGAGACAACUGGAAUUAUUCUCCCACCCAUGGUGGAAACUAUGGGCAAGGUGGAAUUCCACCAAGAUUUGACCAGCGAGAAAGUCCAAUUCCAAAUUAUCACGGGCUGCAACCCCAGUAUAGUCAGCAAGGGUGUAUGCAAGGAGGUGGUAGUGCAGCCCAGUAUAGUCAGCAAGGGUGUAUGCACGGAGGUGGUAGUAACUACGGAUCUCAACAAAAUGGUUCACCACAGCAAAAUCAUGGUCCUCCAGGGCUAGGAGGAAGGAUGCUGAUGAACAAUAGGGAUUAUGCCCCUGGAGGAAGGAACAUGUAUCCAGGACAGCAAGGAAAUCAUGAUCCCCCAGGACAGCAAGGUUACAACGAAGGAGAGCAAGUAGGUGGUAGUAACUACAGGUCUCAACAAAAUGGUCCACCACAGCAAAAUCAUGGUCCUCCAGGGCUAGGAGGAAGGAUGCUGAUGAACAAUAGGGAUUAUGCCCCUGGAGGAAGGAACAUGUAUCCAGGACAGCAAGGAAAUCAUGAUCCCCCAGGACAGCAAGGUUACAACGAAGGAGAGCAAGUAGGUGGUAGUAACUACAGGUCUCAACAAAAUGGUCCACCACAGCAAAAUCAUGGUCCUCCAGGGCGAGGAAGGAUGCCGAUGAACAAUAGGGAUCAUGCCCCUGGGGAAAGGAACACAUAUCCAGGACAGCACGGAAAUCGUGAUCCCCCAGGACAACAAGGUUACAACCAAGGAGAGCAGAGAAGUCAUUACCCCCCAGGACAGCAAGGGUACAACCCAGAACAGCAGGGAAAUCAUUAUCCCCCAGGACAAGGUUAUAACCAAGGACGGCAGGGAAAUCAUUACCCCCCAGGACAGCAAGGUUACUUCCAAAGACAGCAGGGAAAUCAUUAUGACCCAGACCAAAGGAGCUUUACACAAGGAGAUAGGAGGGAUCAUGAAUCUCCUGGUCAAAGAGAUUACAGGGGAGACAACCGGAAUUAUUCUCCCACCCAUGGUGGUAACUAUGGGCAAGGUGGAAAUAGUAGCUAUGGACAACGUAACCCAGGUGAAUGUCAGAGGUCUGCACAAAUGGAGCAGAUGGGCAUGCAAGGAGAGCAAGGGAACUAUGCACCAUUGGGACCACCAGGGUGGUCAAACCAAGUGAGGACGAAGAAUGGUUUACUGACCUUGCAUGCAUGCAUGACUUGUAGAUUUGUUUAUCGGAAGAUAGAUUAAAAUGUCAUCUUGUGUAGCUAGGUUAGCCCCUGACUGCUUACAAGUUAGAUUACUGGGAAGUUUUAUCAUCAAGAGUUUAGUGGUUACUAUUCUUCAAUUACCAAUAGAUCUCCUGGGAAACUCUGCGUGCUUGAAAGUGAAGUACACUGAUGAAAUGUGAGGAGAAGAAGCUGAACACCAUCAGUUUUUGUGAAAAUGUACAGCUUUAAGAAAGAGUUGAUUCCUUUUUGCCCUGCACCAUAUCAUCUUAUUUCUCUCGUCUUUAUUGGGUUGUGCAUGGAAGAUACUGAGAAGACUGAUGGUUCUCUGAGGUGGAAGUAAGAAUGGACUUGUAAUUCACUUUCAUCUUUCAAUUUUCAUUCUCACGAGACACAUGAAAUGAAUUGUCGAUGACUGGUUUGGUGAACAGGCUUGCCUUCAUGAGACUAGGAAAGUAGGAAAGCGGUAUUUUUCCCAUCUAUUUAACUGCUUGAGCUUUUUAGCGAGGUUGCUUGGUCAUGGCAUAUCUUCUACCACAAGCGUGCAAUCUGUCAUCUGUGUUUCAACUUUUUCCUGCCUUUUAAUAGAAGCUACUACGGAGGGGUAUAUGUUGUGGAAAGGAUUCCUAGCUAAUUUAUAACAAAAGACGAAAAGGCUUCAACAUUA